AUGACAAACUUAGAAAACAUCUGUGGCAAGUUUAACUCCUCAAUAGAGAAUAUGAAACUUAUAGUUUGCAAUGAACUUCAAAGUAUAGAUACAACAAAAGUUUUGAACUCAGAUGCUUUGAAGAGUCUUAUAACAGACAAAGUUGGAGUUGUUGAAAGAAAGUAUAAAGACCAAAGAGUUUGUGAAAAUGUUGCAAACUUCAUUAUGGUUUCAAACAAUGUUGUUCCGAUGAAGUUAGAAAGUUCUGACAGAAGAUAUGUAGUUGUCAGAACGUCAGAUUCUCAUAUGCAAGAUACAGAAUAUUUUGACGACUUAGCAGAAACUUUGACAUCUGACUUUUACAACCACUUGUUCUCAUAUUUCAUGACAUUAGAUAUUUCUAAGUUCAAUCCAAGACAAAUUCCACAUACCGAAGAGAGACAAACAUUGUUAGAAGCAAACAAGAGUGUAUAUGAACUGUUCAUAGAUGAAACUGACUUUGUGUCAUUAGAUGAAAGGUCAUUGUACGAUUCGUAUAAACAAUAUUGUCAAGAAUAUGGUUAUAUGACAGCUUCUAAACGAACAUUCUUGGCAAAUGUCAAAAGUCUUUUAGAUGUUCAGAAUGGUGUAUAUACAAAGAAAAAUUUUUCUGAGUAA